CAGGAGAGAGGGAGAGACAACCAGGAUAUACAAAGAUCCACGGCGAGGGAUGCACAGCACACGCUUAUCCCAGCGCUCUCAGUCUCCUCCAGGACUGCCUUGUUUACAAACCCAGCCCCCUGCCCCCCCACCCGCCCCCCCCUCGCCCGAGCGCCUCCUCCCCCUCACCGCCUGCUACAGCCAGCGUGCGCCUCGAGGAGCCCAAAAAGGAGGCGAUAAGCUCUCUCCUCCGUGGCUGCGUUCGCCCACCUCCUCUUCUUCCUCCUCCUCCUGCUCCUCCUCUCCGUCCCGCCAGUUAAGGUUCUCUCUUUUUUUCGGGAGGCUUUGAGGACAGAACGGGACGAGGCCCCCCCAGAGGGUCGGUACCUGGGCAUGGGGUACCUGGGAACGGGACACCUGGGCAUGGGGCACCUGGUCUGGCUGCUGUGCUUCAGCUCUCUGGCCCUCAGCUACGCUGCAGGCGGGGAUGUGUGUGUCUCUGGCCAUAACAGCGGCCCCGUGUUCGAGGGCCAGCCGUCCAACGUCCUCUUCCCCGAGGGCCUGACCGAGGAGCCCGUCAUCUUCACCUGCCAGGCCCGAGCCAGCCCUGCUGCCACCUACAGGUGGAAGGUGAACGGGACGGACGUGCCGCUGGGCGGGGACUCGCGCUACACCCUGGUGGCGGGAAACCUGCUGAUUGGCGGCCCCCAGCGGGGCCGGGACGCGGGGUCCUACCAGUGCCUCGCCUCGAACCGCUGCGGGACCGUCCUGAGCCAGCCCGCCAACCUCCGAUUCGGCUAUGUCCACCCCUUCCCUUCGGAUCCCAGGAUCCCACAGGCUGUGUCUGAGGGGGCAGGAAGUACCCUAAGCUGCCAGCCGCCAGCUCAUUACCCAGUCCUGUCCUACCGAUGGUUCUUCAAUGAGUUCCCCAUGUUCGUGAAGCCGGACGGGGGCCGCUGGUUCAUCUCCCAGGUGACGGGGAACCUGCACCUGGCCAAGGCGGAGCUUAAGGACACGGGCGACUACUACUGCUUCACGACCAAUCACAUGGACGUCCACACCAAGAGCGUCUUCAGCAGAGCCAAUCAGCUCACAGUUCUGCCCGACGCGAACCCCAGGAAGUCGGCUCCCAAAAUCAAAGUGCGGUUCCCCCCAGAGACCUAUACCCUGACAGGGGAGACGGCACGCCUGGAGUGCUUCGCCUACGGCAACCCGGUCCCAGCCCUACGCUGGAGAAAAGUGGACGGCUCCCUGCCCCCCAAGGUCGUCCCGAGCGCGGACACCCCCACGCUGACCAUCCCCAACCUCGGCUUCGAGGACGAGGGGACGUACGAGUGCGAGGCCAAAAACGCGGAAGGCCAGGACAGCUACCAGGGCCGAAUCAUUGUGCAAGCUCGGCCCGAGUGGACGGAGGUGAUGAGCAACUCGGAGGUGGAGAUCAGCUCGGAGAUGCGCUGGAGCUGCGCAGCUGCCGGGAAGCCCAAGCCCUCCAUUCACUGGCUGCGCAACGGCCUGCCUCUCAGAACCCAGGAUCGAAUCGAGGUCAACGGCGGGCAAUUGCGGAUCAGCCACCUGACCCUGGAGGAUUCUGGGAUGUACCAGUGCGUGGCGGAGAACAAGCACGGCACCAUCUACUCCAACGCUGAGCUGCGGGUGCAAGUCCAGGCUCCAGAUUUUCGGUUCAGCCCGGUGCGGAGGCUGGUCCCGGCGGCCCGUGGGGGGCGGGCGGUGAUAGAGUGCAGCCCCCGCGCCGCCCCCAAACCCACCCUCUUCUGGAGCCGCGGCACCGAGCUGCUCACCAACAGCAGCAGGGUGACGGUCACUCCGGAAGGAAACCUCUGGAUCACCAACAUCAGCCGGGCGGACGAGGGGAAGUACACCUGCUUUGCGGAGAACUACCUGGGCAAGGCCAACAGCACGGGGGUCCUCUCUGUCCGAGAUGCGACCAAGAUCACCCUGGCCCCUUCCAACGCCGACAUCAACCAGGGCGAGAACGUCACGCUGCAGUGUCACGCGUCACAUGACCCGAGCAUGGACCUCACCUUCACCUGGUCCCUGAACGGGGUCCCCCUGGACCCGGAGAAAUCCGGCGGGCACUACCGUCGCCUGGAGGCCGUGAGUUCUGACCCUCGUUCUGGGCACAGGGGCGCAGGACUGUCGUCCUCACAGAGCAAACCACAGAAAGAGACGAUUGGUGACCUGCUGAUUGUGAACGGCCAGCUGAGGCAUGCUGGGAAGUACGCCUGUACGGCCCAGACGGUGGUGGACAGCACCUCUGCUGCGGCCCGGCUGGUGGUCCGAGGUCCUCCGGGGCCACCAGGGGGCGUAGUCAUCAAAGACGUGAACGAGACGGUGGUGGAACUGGGCUGGAGCCGGGGCUACGACAACCACAGCCCCAUCGGGAAGUACGUCGUCAGGGGCAGAUCGCCUCUGGCGCCUGGCUGGAAACAGAUGAGGACCGACCCGCCCACCAUCGAAGGAAACGCAGAAUCGGCGCACGUGAUUGGCCUGCUGCCCUGGAUGGACUACGAGUUCCAGGUGGUCGCCAGCAACAUCCUGGGCAGCGGGGAGCCCAGCAUGCCGUCAGCGACGGUGCGCACGCGACAGGCAGCUCCUACUGUGGCCCCCAGUGGACUUGGAGGAGGAGGCGGAGACCGUAACGAGCUCAUUAUCACCUGGACGCCCGUGGCCAGGGAGUACCAGAACGGGGACGGCUUCGGCUACAUCCUGGCCUUCCGCAAGCGUGGCGCCCCCUUGUGGCUGGUGGAGAGGGUGGCGGGGGCGGACUCCACGCGCUUGAUCUACAACAACCAGAGCCUGUCCCUCUACUGCCCCUUCGAGGUCAAGAUCAAGGCCUACAACAGCCAGGGGGAGGGGCCGUUCAGCCAGACCGCCACGGUCUACUCCGCGGAGGAAGAGCCCACCGACGCCCCCCGGAGGAUCAACGCCUCCUCCCUGACGGCCUUUGAGAUCAUGGUGUCCUGGGACCCCGUGGAACACGUGACCCCCUACGGUGCCGUACAGGGCUAUGAGAUUCGGUACUGGCGCCCCCAGGACAGGCGGGAGGCGGCGGACCGGGUGCGGACGGCGGGUUUGGAGACCACGGCACGCGUCUCGGGCCUCAGGCCCGUCACGCUCUACUACGUCACUGUCCUGGCCUACAACAGCGCGGGAACCGGGCCCCCGUCCCCCCAAACCUUCGUCACCACCAAGAAACCCCCACCAGACCGACCCCCCGGAAACGUCUCCUGGAGGUCCGAUGGUUCCUGGGUGACGGUGAUAUGGGAUCACGUCAAGGCGCUGCAGAACGAGUCAGCUGUACUGGGAUACAAAAUCCUCUACAGACACGAGGGGCAGCACGCUCUCAAAGUCCUGGAGAAGAACAGGAGGUCCAUCAGCCUUCCACUGCCCAAGGACGACAGCCACGUGGUUCUGGAGAUCUGCGCCUGGGGGGAGGGGGGCAAUGGACCCCCCCACGAGACCAUCGUGUCCCGGGACUCAGGUACAGGAAUGAUGGUUCAGAACUCAGCCGGACUCCUCGGGCUGAGCCACACCCUCCUGUCCACUGCUGCUGUAUUGCUCUCUCUCAUUGGCUUAGGAGGGCUCUGACUUUGGCCAAUCCCGCACUGGAUCCCUUUGACAACUUUGAGCCUAUUGGUCAGAUUCACUUGACUUAAUUUAUAGACUGAAGUGGCUUAGUUGGGGAAGGGGAGGGGAGGGGGG